GCCGUGAGGACUCUGAGGCUCUUGUUUCCGCCGCCCAUGCAGACGUUACCAGGACCGGCCACCACAAUAGCAGUUCUGACCUCAGGAUCAUGUUGAGGACGUUAGCUGCAACAGUCCAUAGGUAUGGGCUCGGGGGUAUCAAUGCUGUGACGCCCGUCCGACAUGAAAGUUGUCCGCAACGACCCUCGGAAGACCUUCCUUGCAUAAGACUGGCGUCAGGGGCAUUCGCAGUCCCGUGACUCGGAUAUCUGGUACCGAUCCGACAAGGCUGCGAGCCAGCCUCGUCUACCCAUGUUUCUCCUUUCUCUUCAUCUCCUGCCCCGAAUCCUCCCUCGACAACAUAUGGCACGUCGAGUUGACGCGCGACGCUGCCCACAAAAGCAAAAUAAAUCGUACGAUGCCAACCGAUCUACAAGUCUAUCGUGUGCUACGAUCCGUUGCCAACUACAAACUUUAUUUCACACAGACGUCGCCAUUUUCCGGUUCUGUCUUUUGGGAAUCUCUCUACCAACAUCAAGAAAUGGUGCAGUGGAGGUCAUGCGAUGAUCAACCAUAGUAUGACUCUCAUAGUUUGUCUCUUUUGUACUGGUACCAAAGCAUCAACAUUUUUCUGCCGACUUGGCUCCUUCCCAUGAACAUGAAUCCGUCUGGGCUGCUGAGGACCUGCAGUAUGCCAUACCUCAAAUGCUGGCCUAGCCAUGUUGCAAAAAGAUAUAUACAUCUGCUUCGUCUUCCUUUGUUGCCUCUGCAUCCUUGGAUUCCUCCCCCGCUCAUCCUCUUCAUUCUACAAACUAGCCUCCCAAGCUCCAACAAUAUCUACCUUUGCAUGUCCUUCCUCUCCUCUUCUACCUACCACAACCCCCCGACCUCUUUCUUUACAUUUCCCCCGACGACUUUCACAAGCAUCACAACACCACCACCAUGUCACGAACCAAAGACACGGCCCCUUCCGAUGUCGUCGCCUGCAUAAGACGCCUACUCAGCGAGCACGAAUACGUGACGGCCGACGACCUGCUCGCAACCACCUACUACAUCUCACAACUCCAGCUCGGCACCGCACUCAGCCGAGACUGGACCUACGACACUCCACCACCAUGGUGCCUCGACAACUUCCCCGUGUGUCGAACGAUCACACGGAUCGUUGCAUACCUGGUACCCCAGCCCACAGAGGAGGAUACUCUCCUCGACGUCGUGCGGGCACUGAAGGAAAUUCUUUUCGAGAUCCAAGAAGUGGCCGACCGGGGAUCUCGCGGCACAAAGCGGUCGUACAGCGGCGCGUUUGGAGGAUGUUCAUCGGAGAAUGGCGCCCAGGUCCGGAUUGCGGAUCCUCCCCAAAGCCAUGUACUAGCACAGCCUGAGAUUGAGGCAGCAGCAGCAGCAGCGCAACGGCAGCCUCUGAAGAGCUGUCUUCGGCGCAGCAGUCCCGAGUCUGAAGUUAGGAAGUCGAAGACUGUGACUUUCCAUCCGUUCGCCAGGGUGAUUACUCCUUUGCUGCUGUAGGAGGACGCUGGGUUCGUUGAUAGUAAUCAAAGAUAUUGUAUACGGUAACCACCUCAUCCAAAGCACGCUUCUGCUGUUACAAUCAAGGCACCUACUAUUCUCAAUA